CACCUGCCCUUCCUUCAUUACGCCAUUUCCUUAAUUACUAGUAACUGGUGCUUCUACGAAAAUUUCCAGCUUUAGAGCCUCCUACUUUUCUUGCUAAAAUUUUCUUCUCAUUUUCCAUUUUCUACUCUUCUUUAAAAUCCCAACAACAAAACCCUCCCCACUUUUCCCAUUUGCUUCUAACUGCUACUCUGGAGUACUAGUAGUAGUUUUCGGGGAAAGAAUAGAAAAGGUUGAAUUUUGUAAGUGUGUCGUAUAUUCUUGAAAAUGGACGGAGGCUACAAUCCGCGAACUGUAGAGGAGGUGUUUAGAGAUUUUAAGGGCCGAAGAGCUGGUUUGAUUAAAGCUCUUACCACUGAUGUUGAAGACUUCUACCAACAGUGUGACCCAGAGAAAGAGAAUUUGUGCUUGUAUGGUUUCCCAAGUGAGCAUUGGGAGGUCAAUUUGCCUGCAGAAGAAGUUCCUCCUGAGCUACCUGAACCAGCUUUGGGGAUCAACUUUGCUAGAGAUGGUAUGCAAGAAAAAGACUGGUUAUCUUUGGUUGCUGUCCACAGUGAUGCAUGGUUGCUGGCCGUUGCCUUUUACUUUGGUGCUAGAUUUGGGUUUGAUAAAGCAGACAGGAAACGGCUUUUCAGUAUGAUAAAUGACCUCCCUACUGUAUUUGAAGUUGUCACUGGUGCUGCCAAGAAACAACAGAAAGAGAAAUCUUCGGCACCAAAUCACAGUAGUAGCAAACCCAAGUCAAAUUCCAAAAUGGGAAAAUAUUCAAAGUCACAGCCUAAGGAUGAGGAGGAGGUAUUAGACGGGGAAGAUGAAGAAGAGCAUGGUGACACCUUGUGUGGUGCCUGUGGUGAGAAUUAUGCAUCGGACGAGUUCUGGAUAUGUUGUGAUAUGUGUGAGAAGUGGUUCCACGGCAAGUGUGUGAAGAUCACCCCUGCUAGAGCUGAGCAUAUCAAGCAGUAUAAGUGCCCAUCAUGCAGCAAUAAGAGACCUCGCACUUAACGAGUGAUGUAACGUAGUUUUCAUCUACUUUCAGCCUCUUGAUGUGCUCCGUCUUGUCUAAGCGGUUAGGUUUCUUCUGUGUUUCGGAGCUGUAUGUAGAGCUAACCUGUGAGUUCAUACUUUUUUCUCCAGGAAGACAUUAUUUUGUGCUGUGGUGUUGCCAUUUUGUUUGUACUUCGGCUAAUUUAGUCCCCGUUUUACUGCUAAAAAGGGUUACAUUCUCCUAAUUUUAGUGCUAGGGCGGCAGGAACAUUUUGUUGAUGUUCUCCUGUUGGGAGUUUUGACAGUCUCUCCUUGCAGAUGUUAGAUCA